AUGUCGCAGGAACCACGCUAUGAAGUAUACCGAUUCCGUGAUGACAUCAAGGCUUUGCAAGAGAAAGCCAUUGUGGAGGUCCUCACUUCAUCACCAUCGGGGGGCCAACUGAGACUGUAUUCGUACGGUUUAGAUAACUCAUGCGAAGAACUCAGCGAUGGAGUGAUCCGGGGCAUGGGUGGACCUCUCUCCAAGUGGGCUAGCCAUUGUGGUCUUGUCAUCAACGAUCUCGACAGACCAACAUUCCGAUCCGAAGUUUUCAGGUUACAGAGGGGCAGUGCAAUAUGGCCAGGGAAAAACUCGACGGCGCUUCUUGUGCCUUUGAGCAACGGCAACGCCAUGAUCGAUUUACUCCCGCGUGGAAGUAGAGACAGAAUUGCUCACGAUUGGGAUCCACGCACCAUCCUCCAUUUGAACGAAAUGGGGUUUGAAUUCCAGGGGAACGGGAGUGUUCGGUUCAUGUACAUCCUCUUCCAGACGGCGAGUCGCCCCGGAUUCUAUGCCCAGAGUUAG